UUAUUGCAUCAAUAAUAUUAUCGAGAAUAACAUUAAUUUUAAUUUUACUAACAUUUUUUAAAAAAUUAAGAAGAUCACUAUAUGUCUAUGAAAGAUAAAUGAGAAACACCAUAUUCAAUCUGUGCUUUAUUCCAUAAAUAAUCCAUAAAGUCCAUAAAGAGUAGUGCCAGUGCAUAGCAUAAUAUUUUUAGAUGUAGAAAUCAAAGGUGUCAUCUAAAUAUUCUUGAAAUAUUGUUAUUGGUCGUGCACAUAAAAGGUUACGCUUACGAUGUCAGCGAGAUUGCGUAAUCUUAAUCCAUAUGAAUUACAUAAAUAUCUUAUUAAUUUAUAUUCUCUGAACACAAAGGGCUCUACGGCACAGUUGAAACGAGACACGUCCAAAGAUAGAACUGAUCUCGAUGUUAUAAGAGAAAACCAUCAGUUUCUGUGGGAGGAAGAUGAUGUAGUAGAUACUUGGGAGAAACAAUUGGCAAAAAAAUACUAUGACAAGCUCUUCAAAGAGUAUUGCAUUUGUGAUUUGAGCAGAUAUAAAGAGAAUAAAGUCGCUCUUCGAUGGCGUAUAGAAAAAGAGGUAGUACUCGGUAAAGGCCAGUUUCUAUGUGGCAGCAAACCAUGUAACAAUGAUCGCGAUCUUAAGUCAUGGGAAGUUAAUUUUGCCUACAUUGAAAACAGAGAGAAGAAAAAUGCUCUGGUGAAACUUCGCUUAUGUCCGGAAUGUUCCAAUAAACUCAACUAUAAAUCUAAAAAACGCGAAGUUAAAAGGCUGAAGAAGAAUCAUAAGAGAAAAAAGGAAAAGAAUAAAGAUGGAAGUGAUAGUGAGAUAGAAGAAUCUCCUAGGACAUCUCCCGGCGCGUCGGACGAACCUUGCACUUCUACAGCGGAUGAAACCGUGACUAAUGCAGACGAAUCGUUGUGGAAAAAAGGUACCCAGGAAUUAGAAGAAAAGUCACGGGAGGAAGAAUUUGAAAAUUAUUUGGAAGACUUAUUACUAUAAAAUGACUUAAAAAAUAAAGUAAUUAAAAAUCAAAUAAAAUAUUUAUUUUUAU